AUGAGUUUUUGGGACCUUAUAAAGACUCCUAGUCCCAAGGGCAAUUUCGUAAAGCUGUACAAUAAGAGCAACGAUGAGGUGGGCAUUGGAGGCUGGGAGCUGCAGCGUUUGACCAUCGUUCUGUUAAAAUUGAACCGUGCUGCCGUACUUAAGACAGCUGUUGGCACAACAAGGCAGUCAAAAUGCUAUUCACCAAUGGAGAAACAGUGUGAAGAUCACUUCAUUCAGAACGUUCAGAAGGCUCAGGACUCUAGACUGAUUGUUAAGUUACCCUUUUUGGAGCAUACUUCAGCGCUGGGGGAGAGUCGUGACAUUGCCACGAGACGGUUUCUAUCAUUGGAGAAACGAUUGCAAAAGGAUCAGGCAAUAAAACAAGGAUACAUAGAGUUUAUGAAGGAGUAUGAAGCUCGUGGGCAUAUGAAGGAAGUACCUCAUAUACAUCUCCCGAAGUCCCACAACUUUAUACCGCAUCAUUGUGUUCUCAAACCCGAUAUCUUCAACGGUCAACAAGGCGACCAAAAGACGAAUGUCAUUCGGAAUUACAAAAAGGAUUCCGUCGACAGGAAGACUAAACUAGCCUACUACAGAGAACGUUUAUUAACGUUAGAAUCCCUGUGGGAUAAAUUUAACUCCGGAGAUAAUGAAAUAAAUAAUUUCCUCAAAGGAGUCACGCUAGAACACAAUUAUUUUAAUAAUGAACUCUUUAAAAAAAUGAAGCAACUGGUUAAGGAUUAUAAGACAGAAUUCAACAAUAAGUUGUCUCUUUUGGAAGCGGAUGUUACAUGCAUCGCAUCCACAGCAGAGGACAUCGAAAUAGAAUCGAUGUUCAGAGAACAGAGAGUGUUGCUUGACAGCUUAGAGCGCAUCAUGAAUAAAAUGACAGAAGAAACGAAACAAAAUUUCACACUCGUCAUUACACAAUACUGGAAUGAUAUUCAUAUCCAAAUUUUUAAAAAAUUUAAGGACCCGAAGGAACUUGGAUAUGACGACAGCAGAUACAUGGCAGCAGAAGAUGCAGUAUUAAAUGUACAAACCGAAAUGUAUGUGAAAAAGGAGACAAUAAAUAGUUCUCCACCAAGAGCUGUUCAAAAUGCAUUACAUUUUCCAAAGGUAGCCAUACCCAAAUUUGAUGGGGAUUACUUAAAAUAGCAACAGUUGCAUUAUAUUUUCAGAAAAAUAAUUAUCGAAUCAACGUUACCCACUAUACAAAAAAUGUGGUACUUCAAGACUAACGUUAAUGGAGAGGCAGAGAGCCUAAUUCGCCAUUUAUCACUAACGGAGGCAAAUUAUUCAACUGCGUGGAAAACACUUGAAGAACGCUUCAACAAUAAAAGAGUAUUAAGUAAUACCAUAAUUCAAAAAUUAUUGCAUGAUUCAAUGAUAACAAAUGAUUCCAAAACAAUAAAAUCGUGGCAUGAUAAUGUGACAGACAAAUG